AGGAGGAGGCGGCAAGAGCGGUCACUUCCUUUCCCGACCAAUAAGAACACUAGAGGGCAAAGCGAGGCUUGGAACACAAAAGGAAGCCAGUCGCAUCAGUUACUGCUCCAUGUGAUUCCAGCAUGGCUCCUGGAGGAAAGAUAAACCGUCCCAAGAAAGAUUUACAGAAGAAUCUGUUCAAACGCCGGCGCGUUCUGGGUCGAGAAAAACGCAAGAAGCACAAAAUCAUUGGAGCGGUGGUAGACAAAGAAUUAAUAACUGUCAAUCACCUCAGGAAGAGAUGUUCCAGCGCAAGAGCCAACAUUACUCUCUCUGGGAAGAAGAAAAGAAAGCUCAUCAAACAGAUUCAGCAUCUUCAAAAAGAAAAGGAGACAAUGGAUGUGGAGUCGACAGUCUCACGUCCUAUAAAGCCUUCCAAUGUAAUGGAGAUUCAGAGUAGCUGCACAAAAAAGAAGAGUAAGAAAUCUCGUGGAGAUGUCGAGAUGGAGGACGCACCUGCUGGAGACCCGGUCGAUGAACAACCGGUUUUGCCGACAACCGAGUGAAAAGUGAUGUUGACACAAAGCAUUGGACUAUUGUGCAGGAGUUGUGAUCUUUGCAGAGAACAUGGAGACCUUCCUUUACUCAGUGUCAACCAAUCUGAUUACAGACUGGGCAAACUCUUGCGAUGGUUAUGAUAUAUAUAUAUAUAUAUAUAUUUGCAUUGUAUGUAGUUCUAAAGAUGACGCGUUUUGCAUUCCAUUAUAUUAACUUGAGAAUGAUUUUGAGGGCAAUAAAGAGACAGGACCUUAGAGGCAAGACAGAUCCCUGCAUAAAAAGAGGCUUUAGAAGUACAUUAUAUUAAAGGGAUCCUGUCAUGGGAAAACAUGUUUUUUUCA